AUGAGCUUAAGUGUUGUCUCUGUAGAUCAGUUUGUAAACUUUGCUCUAUCGAUAGUGUCAAUGAAGAUCUCUGGAAAACCAAUGUUCCAGACACCAAAGGCAAUAUGGAUACUAAGGGUGACUUAUCUAUGUUCCAAUCUCAUCCAGCUUAUGUUCUCACUUUACAUAAUGCAGAGAAUCAAGAAGACAAAUGAUACUCGCAAGGUCAAAAUCAAAAGAGAAGCCUCUCUGUUCCGAGACAACAAUGAAGAGGAGGAGGAGGAAAUGACUUAUGCUAGUUACGAUGAAUCGGAGCUCACCAAGAUCAGUCGGACAUCCAUAAUUCAAUUCUUGAUCAUCACAGUGCUUCAUUUGAAGUGGAAGGUAAUCCAGCCGCUUUUUGUCCAAUCGUUCGUGCCGAUAAGAAAUCUCCUACUCAGCCCUCUCUAUGCUGCGUAUGUCUGGAACAGACCUGUCCUCCGGCCUUUUGAAUCCAACAUGUUGUUCCAGAAGGCCCCCACGCCAUCUGAAAAGAAGAGGGUUAAGGAGGACUGA